AUGGCUCAGUCCAGUGGCUUUCUUCCCCUACGAGAUGUUCUAUGGACUCAAGAUGAUAGCUGCUUCAUCGGUGCGAUCACCAACAUUCUUGCUCCUAACCAGCCUAACAAAGCUGGCGGAGACCACAUCAUCAAAUUCACCAUCAAAGACAAGUUUCCUGGUGAGGAGAAGGACAGUGUGCCUUGCAUCAUCAAGCGGCGGAAACUUGACCAUUUGCCCACGGGCAACCCUGGAGACAUAGCCAUCCUACGAGGCAUGAAGGUGGAGAUCCUUGGGACGCCGGGCAAGAAGACCCUUGUCAACUGCUCAGAGCUUCAAUCAGAAGUGCUGUUCUUCCCUGAGCAGAGCAUACCCCAGCCAGAGUCCGGCCAUGACUACCACCCCGGAGGCACCUCGAAGCUUAUUUACUCACGCAUGCUUGGUACCAAACCUCCAGGCCGUGCUGACCAGGUGGCUGUCAUCAACAUGAAGGCUGCGGCAGCACCACUUCUGGAGGAGUUGAAGAUGCCUGGGGCCAUGUUCAAAGCUCGACUUGGACCAACUAAUACUAUUCUCAAGAGAGGUAAAAGGCAGCACACUCUCAGUGAAUGGACGUUCGGCAUCUUCUACGAUCUAGUGGGUGAAGUUGUCAAGACGUUCUGGGGUCCUGCCGAGACUGUGGAUCUCUAUGUUACCGAUUACACCACGAACAAAGACCUCUUCCUAUAUGAAGAGAAGACCGAUUAUGACGAUUUCGGGGGUCCUAAGAGGCCCUGGCCCGGCCCGUUCGGUCAAAUGACUAUCCAAAUUCGCACGUACGAGCCUCACGCCGGGGUGGCUCGUCAACUCGAUAAAGGCGAUUUUGUUUUCCUCCAGAAUGUCCGCUCGAAGUUCUCAGCAAUGAACACGUUGGAAGGCGCUAUCCAUGCGGAUCCCCAGUAUAGAGACAGAAUCAACAUUCGAAAAUGCACCCAUCAAGCACAGGUGGCUGCCCUCAAAGAACGGAAAGCAGAAUAUGAGAAGAAGCAUGCUGCAACUCUACUCGCCCGCGAUGAGCCUACAAACGUUCCUAAAAAGCCUUCAGCGAUAGCUUCUCACCAGAAAAAGAAAACCAAGAAAGAAAAGAAGCGCUUGCAGAAGGAGCGACAGCAGAAGGAGCUGCAAGAGAAAGUUGACGCAGCGGAGACAGCAGUAAAAGGGCUCAACAAGAACGUCUGCACUGGGGACAAAGAUGUUGGCAUUUCCACCGUGGACGAUAUCGUGAACAACCCAUGGCUGAAGACCAUAACGGAGACCGGUGAUGAACUGCUAUUGCCAUUUGUAAACUCCAGAUACCGAACGCGCCUACGAGUAGUCGACCACUACCCUCUCCAGCUCAAGAACUUCACUAGGAUUACAAACGCCCCAGUUAACAGUCAGGCGUCGAUCUCGAUAUCCUCAGAUGAAUAUUCACAGCCGUCAAAGCAUGGUCCAACGCCUGUCAGAUUUGCCUGGCACUUCUUUCUCCUGGUGGAGGAUGCAGAUGCGCCUGCAGGCACGACACCAGUUCGAUUUCCUCUCACCAUUGACACUGCUCGAGCGCAAUGUCUCCUCAACAUGGAGCCUGUCGACCUUUCUGCGCACCCCGCCAAGCUCUUCGAACUCGAACAGAAAUUGUUCCUUCUCUGGGGCAACUUGCACGAGCGAAAGAUUGCGCUCAAGAAGCAAGGUAUCAACCUGCCACUACCGGUGGGAGAUGAGACACUAGCGCUUAGUAACAUGCCCUUCGAAUGUUGCGUCGAAGAGUACGGUGUCCCCGCCGAUGACAAAGGCAUCCCAUAUACAGACGACCAGGUGGAAGACUUCAUCAAAGAGAUGAGCAAUCCUGACUCCGAAGCCGGCAAGCUUGCAGUGGAGGUUUUUGGAAAUCCCAGGACCUGGAAGCGAACAUGGAGUCCGCAUAAUACUAUCAUCAAGGACUCAUGA